ACAGAUCCCUUCUCAGUAGAAUUGAAUCACAAAGAUUUUUUGUCGGUACGAAUUUAUGUGAGGAAUGUGAAGUUUCGGAGAUUACGCUGGUCGGCGGCGCACAGAGCCGCCAGCAUCACCGCCGAUAUGGCACAUACCAUCAACUGCGGAUACUUUGUCAAUAUUUAGACGAUAUAUUGAGAGAGACUUACAAAUAUUACAUCUUUACAAUAUGUUAUUUUAUUCUUGAUACUGAUAUAUUUGACCAGGAUUUGUAUAAGAGUUAGAAAAAAGUUAAACAUUAUACAAAAAGCCAUAGUAUUCAGUCAAAAUGUACGCCCGAAGAAUCCAUUCAAGAUAUUUAGUGAGUUUUAUUACAAACUCAGUGUUUGUUCAACGAUUUCAUGACUGUUACUAUCUGUGGCACAGUUAAUGUACCAUAAUAUUGACUUUUCCAUCUACCAUUACCUUACUAAUAAAGUUAUCGACACUUAAACUGUUUCAAAUAACACUUGUUACAUUUAUCGCCGUUUACGACACAAGUAAACACAACUCCUUUAUUUUCGUGAAGUAAUUCUUUAUCUAUUUGAGCAUAUUGUCUGUCACCGUGGGAACAGCGUCCCGUUACUGCUAUCUUAUCUGAGAUAGCUCCGCUUGGCUCGCCUUUGUUGAGCGAUACCAGUGCCCACUUGAUGGCUUAAUUGGUCAACUUGCAUGUUUUGGCAUUUUUACGACUCGAAUUUGGAUGCAACUUAGUUUACUCAAAUUUGUAUUCUGUUCAAACAAAAUGCCCUAAAUAAGCUUGAGAUGAAAACAUGUUGUUAUUGAAAGCUCCAGAAAAAUAUGAAAAUUGUAUUUUAUGAGGCUGUUAUUUUAGGUCAACGACAAGAGAACAAACUAAUCAAAUGAGUUCGGAAAAAUUAAAUAAUAUACAAAGGGGCACAGCUAAUGUCGCGGGUUCUAGGUCACAUACUUGUAAGAUUCCAAACAAAUUGUUUGUAUUGAAAAGAAAUUACGCGCUUCAAUAAGAGGUUAAUUUACAAUAAUCUUACUUGUUAUUCAUCCCCAUGGAGACCGCCCAGCAGGCUCCGACCUUCACCUUGGGUUUAAUACUGCCGUCUAGACUGUACGAUUUCCUACCAAAAGCAAACGACUGAACUGUUCUCUGACUAAACAUCUCGUACACUGUGCUCUGUGUCAGAAUCCUUUCUAUUCCCAACAGAAGACACAAAGCAAUGUAUAUGAAACAAUCAGGAUCGUUCUCGUAUUUAAGGAAGUUUUUCUCGAAGGGUGAUUGUUAAGGAGUACUCUAGGGUAAGCUAUUAGGACCGCUGCUCUAAGGUGACCCCUUUGAAGGUCGUCUUUUAUACUAUUAAGUUGUUUACUCGACAAAGUUAUACGCAGUAAAUUGGGUAAUUGAAUUACUACUCUCGGAAUUUAGUUUAGGGGUGAUUGUGCGUAGAUUUGAGACAAACUUCGUGGUUCCUAAGGCGGGAUUAAUAGUCAAGAUGGAAAGGGUUUUGUAUUUAGUUCUUAAAGGGUAUUUUGCCGUCUUAAUAUAAAAUAUAACUAUCUAGACUUAAUCUUUGACCUUUAUAUCCUGAUACUAAGUAUAUUGCACUUCGCUUUUGUAUUAAAGUUGUUAAAAACAAAUUUAUAGAAUAUGAAACAUGUCUUUAUAAACGUUUGACGAAUUAAUACUGCAGUUUAAUGCGAUGCCUGUUGAUGUGUCCCAGCCGUGCCCUCUAUACAUAUUCAUUGCCCAAUAACAAUUGGUAUAAAAAAUAACGAGUCACCGACAGAUGACAGACGCACAUCACGGCUGGACACGUCAAAUGGAACAGUAAAAGCAACAAUAUAAUAUAAAGUAUAAGGGUGGGUUUUUUUCAAUGAAUAUUCUAUGCGAUGAUUAACAUAAUCGGAACAAGCUGCGAACCAGGACAGGCGUGUCACACUUGUAAAGAAACUAAUAAAAAUGCUAAAGUAAGUUUGGAAAUUCAUAAAAAAUUGACGGGAGUGAUGUUGGGUCGGGAGUUGGUGUUCUGUACACUAUUAUGUAAUCUUCGAAUAGUUCUGAAAAACCUGAAAUUGACAUAUAUUUCAUUGAUAAUACCGUGUACAACGAUUUAAUAAAAUACAGUUUUUAGACAAAGAAGAUAGAUCGAACUCGAUGACAAAAAUAAUUUGAUUGGUUUUAUUAUCUAUCCACGCACCCCUAAAGUGCGGCUAUAACUUUGAAAAUUAUUAAAAAAAACUUAUAAAAAAUUGUCUCGUGUCGAUGUGUUAUCUAAAUAGAUUGUAUUAUGCCUGUAGUGCUUUCGAUUAUCUGCCGUUUUUGUUGGUUUUAUCCUCCAAUGUUCAGAUACCUCGUAAUUGAUUCUUUAUUGCUUUUUGAUCGCUUUAGUAGCUGUUUUUGCUAGUUUACUUAAAUUAAGUUUAUUUAUAGCAGGUAUGUUAAUGUUCACAAAAUGUUUCAACUUAUAAACAUAAAAGGUAAAUGUAGUAGUUUCGUUAUUUUAGAAAUGUUAUUUGAUGUUGAUAUUCUCAUUUAGAUUAGUCAAAAAAAGCAAUUGGAAGUCAUUAAGUGAGCUUCGCGCGCAGUAUCACUUUAUCUCGAGUUCAUUACAAUAAUCUUGUCAGCGUCAUCAAGGGAACACUAAAUAAAUUCAUACGCUCAUACCGGCGCGGGCGCAACGAAUAUUCCGCCCAAAUUUGGGUGGUCCUGAUUACGGGUUGUCGCCGAGGCCACACACCUCAGGCCUCGUUACAACGUUCUGUUAGUCGCCAACAUAUUAACUUGUUCUAAAAUCACUUUAUUUGCAUCCUUUGAGAAUUUAAAUUCAUAAAUUUAUUGCUGAUUCUUCACGUUAUUGGAGGGUCCUCGAAGCUUUACUUACUAAUAAAAAAUCAUCGAGUGUUGACUGUAAAUCUUCGUAAUAAUGAUUCAAAAAGUUCACAACACGUCUUGGUAUGUUUGUUCUUAUAUGAAAGUAUAAAGGCUCGUUUUACUUUUCAGAACUGGGAUCGUUUCGUAAAGCGGUCGUAUUUGAAUUUUCUUAUUCUAAUAUGAAAUCUGUCAGAUGUAUUUUCUCUAACUUGUCAAAAUACAUAACAUGACAUAAUUCGGCCAUUGUAAAUUUUCUGUGACAUGAAUAAUGGAUUUGAAAGACGACGAGAAAUCAGCAAAUCCUCGGCAAUGUCCGCACGUUACCACCAGUCGUUAUUUUGAAUCUAAGGCAGGCCAUCUGUUUGUUAAGGACGUGAACCCUUUUAAUGGACCUGGAAACAAUGUAUGUGAAGUCAAACAAAACCAUAAAAAUAAACGAAAAAAUGAUGAAUUUAUAAACAUUUUCCAAAAUAAAACGCCUCAAAAUUCUACGGAGCUAAUGGAAGAAAUUAUGAAAAAUUACCCCGUCAAUAAUAGGCAUGUAUUCCUAACCGAUCAAUGCAACGAUACUUUUAUUCAAAAUGAAAUACGCGAAAGACCGUACUCGCAGCCAGCAAUAAACAUGAACAAUCUUCUGGAAGACCCAUACAUGACGUCUUGUUCGAAAGAUAUACCUCACUCGGCAAACAUCUCGUCCAAUCCUCCAGCCAAGUUUGAUGACUUCAAUGAAGAUGACAAUAGACAUGAGCAAUAUGCCGCUAACGAUAUACCUGCGGUACCUUUGACUGACGAACCUGGAAAAGCCGAGAAAACCACCUACUGUCGGCCCAUGAUGAAUUUGUACAAUCAGGAAUUUGUUUACAAAACCAUGCAAAGGAACGCGAGACUUCAAAGGUUAGUGAAAAGACUAGUCAUAGCACGAGAAAGUGAGAAACAAAGAGAAGCAUGGAAUAAUUACAUAAAUGAAUUAAAAAACAAACAUCGAUAUUACAGUAACGAGCCCAAUACAAUAUCACCCCAAUAUGUUCCCGACGAGCCCAACGCGAAUGAGUUAGUAGACGACUUUUGUAACACCAGAUACAACUGCCGUCAAUCUAAUCCGUGUCAACAUUUACUGAAAGAUAUUUAUGAGGUCCAGACUAACACGCCACCUAAUCCGUAUGAAACAUACCCUCGUGAAAAUGAUAACAUACCAUCGGAAUAUAGGGAUCCUUAUGAAACUAAUCGCUAUCGCUUUACGACUUCAUCUCAAGCUAAUUUGAUGAGAUGGGAUGUUGAAAGACAGUAUAACAAUUUUGUGAACGAUUGGCGUCCGCGACCACCCGGGGCACCUGGGGCACCCGGUGCACCCGGUAGGUAUUACCGCGGUAAUCGCAUAGUUGUGGAAAGGGAGUAUAAACGUCCUGAAGGAUCUAUUGACAAGAUACAAGCCACUAGGAAGCUUAGGACUACGUACUGUCAGCCUCCUUUCAAUAAAGCCUGUAAAUGCAGGAAGAGAAUGUUUCCUACCACGACUAACUCGAUUCCUGUACAAACCGAGUCACUGGAGUCCGUUUAUGAAGAGGAAACAGACUCGAAAGACCCACUUGCGUUGAGUAGAAAGGAAUCGUUUAAAGAUAAAUUUAGAAAAGUUACAAAUAACAUUGCGAAAUUAAAGAGUAAAAUACGUCGAAAUGAUGAUGACGACAUCAAAUCAAAGUCAUUGGCACAAAUAGAAGAUAAAAUUGAUACUCUAAUUCAAUCUAUAAAUUCGAUCAUGGUGGAUAUCAAAUCUAGCAAUACUCAUCGUCGUACCUACAAGACUGCCUCGGUAUCAUGCAGGUUUGUGUCAACUAGCCAUAACAAUUUGAACAGGAAUAAGAGUGCUCCAUACGGUAUGAUCAACAAUGAAGAGUAUCUAUGUGAGAUAGUGCAAAGCAGUUCUAGAAAUUUUCCUAUUUCUGAAUGUGGACCUAGCAGUAUACAGAAAAAAAGUAAUUCUAGCAAUAUGAAGAUGGACAACAUUAUUAUAGAAGAAUUGAGAAAGAGUGAUAGAGUUAAAAGAGAUAUAGAAGAUUUACUGAACUUACGCAGUGAUCGGAACUGUGCUGUGCAUAUAACAUUCGAUAUACCAACGAGAGAGACCGCGACUGAGGUGACAAAUUCGUUGUCUAAAACUAAACUCGAGUCGAGGAGUAAGGUCGUGGUCGAGGAGUUACGAUCAGACGAAUUCACAGAAGUGGACCGGGACACGCAGAUGACGAUAGCUGUGAACACGGAGCCACUCGGGCUGUUCGCUCUGCUGCGGAUCUCCACUGACACAGUGAAGCAGAUGCUCUCGUACGUGCCGAACCUCAACUACAACUCGUAUCUGUCGAUGCUUCAAGUGCCGGCUAAGAGGUGCGUGACGCACUACAUCUGCAACAUCUGCGGCGCUGCGUUCGGCCGCCCAUCACAGCUCAGUGAUCAUAUUGACCAACAUAACUUAGGAAAGACGAGGGAUUGUUGCGUGUGUCGUCAUACGUUGGACACUAAGAAGACUCGCGCAGGUCUAUUUGCUUGUCGGUACUGCGGACAGAGGUUCACCAGGGCUUACUGUUGCGAACUGCACCAGCAGACCUGCGCCAAGAUGUUAGGCCGGGUACACGACGUUAACUCUAGCCAUAUGCUACUCAGGUAGGGAGGUGGCAACAACGAAAACAUUUUCAGAAUUUGUUUGAUUUAUUUUUGUGACAAAUUAAUUUGAAGUUAUUUCACAUUUAAUAGUGUUUUAUCGUCACAAAUAUUUCGAUUCUGGCAUUUAUUGAAAACAUUAACUUAAUUCUGAAUUUUACGUUCGACUGGUAGGUAUUGUGUUUGGGGAAACGCGGGUCUGUGAUAAAAUAUUUUAUUGCUUGAUAAUAUUGUAGAAAUUGUUUAAAAGUGUCACACGUUGUCUCCACCGCGACGUCAUUAAAACUGAAUGGAUAUCGGAGAAAAUUAACAACUGAUAAACUAUUUAAUAUGAUGUGUGUAUUAUUAUAAAUAAAUGGUUGUAUUAUUCAA